UAUAGACAUAAAUGGCAACUGAUCAAUGUAAAGAUAUAGAAAAUGGUGUGGAUAAAGGGCUUGAAGACUUGGAAAAGCCAUUUAUUCCGCACAGCAAAACAGUAUACUCUGAAGAUGAUCAGUCUAGUAAGCACGACGAAAACGGAUCCAUUGGGAUGGUUUUGUUCAGUACAUGUGUUGCUGUCUGUGGCUCUUUGGAGUUUGGAUCAUGUGUGGGUUACUCUGCACCAACUCAGUCUGCUAUAAGGGAAGAUCUAAAUUUAACACUGUCUGAGUACUCCAUGUUUGGUUCAAUAAUAACAAUUGGUGCCAUGAUUGGUGCCAUCACAAGUGGUCGAAUCGCAGACUUCAUAGGUCGAAAAGGGGCAAUGAGAAUGUCAGCUGGUUUCUGCAUUGCAGGAUGGCUUGCAAUCUACUUCUCUAGGGGAGCUUUGUCACUUGACAUUGGAAGAUUCUUCACAGGAUAUGGCAUAGGUGUUUUUUCUUAUGUGGUUCCUAUUUUUGUUGCUGAAAUCGCACCAAAGAAUCUUCGUGGAGGGCUUACAACACUUAAUCAGCUAAUGAUUGUUUGUGGUUCAUCGGUUGCAUUCUUAAUGGGAUCAGUCGUAACAUGGCGAACACUAGCUCUGACCGGACUUCUUCCAUGCAUAUUUCUGCUUGUUGGUCUAUUCUUUAUUCCAGAAUCCCCCAGAUGGCUGGCGAAAGUAGGCCAGCAGGAAGAAUUUGAAGUUGCAUUACAAAGGCUUCGCGGAAAAAAUGCAGAUGUGUCUCAUGAAGCCACUGAAAUCCAAGAUUAUAUUGAAACCCUUCAGAGUCUUCCAAAAGCUAGAAUGUUGGAUUUGUUUGAUGGCAAAUAUAUUCGUGCUAUGAUUAUUGGUGUGGGACUAAUGGUAGGCCAACAGUUUGGAGGAAUAAAUGGAAUAAGUUUCUAUGCCAGUGAAACCUUUGUAGCAGCUGGUCUUUCGUCGGGAAAUAUUGGAACAGUAGCUUAUGCCAUACUUCAGGUUCCCAUAACUCUACUUGGAGCAAUGCUGAUGGACAGAUCAGGAAGAAGGCCACUUCUUGUGUUGUCUGGUGCAGGUACAUUUUUAGGCUGCUUCCUAGCUGGAGCUUCUUUCUUUCUCAAGGGCCAGAAUUUGUUGCUUGAGUGGGCGCCCUUAUUGGCUGUUUCUGGAGUUUUGCUUUAUAUAGCUUCAUUCUCACUUGGAAUGGGAGCUGUUCCUUGGGUGAUAAUGUCUGAGAUAUUUCCAAUACAUGUGAAGGGUGCUGCAGGGAGCUUGGUGGUGCUAGUGAACUGGUUGGGUGCUUGGGCAGUUUCCUUCACUUUUAACUUCCUCAUGAGCUGGAGUUCCACAGGUACAUUUUUGAUAUAUUCAGGAUUUUGUGCUCUUACUGUACUGUUUGUAGCAAAGAUGGUGCCAGAAACAAAGGGAAAAACACUUGAAGAAAUUCAAGCUUGCAUCAAUUCAUAGAGUGGGAGACUCUGUUGAAGUGGAACUCCAUAAUACUUGAAAAUUGGAUUCUAAAAAUUAAUUGUUUGGGCUAUUGUAUUCUUCCCUUAUUUAAAAAUAAACUAAUUCCAAGUAAAACUAUAGCAAGAUGUGGAUGAGCUGAGAUUAGUUCGGUUUGUUUUGGAUUUGGU